AACCGAUGCCACGGCCAUUUUUAAGGCUCUUGGUGAUAAACUUUUAUACUGUUUUGAGGAUUCUAAUCUCUUUGUUGGAGAUUUUGAAGAAUUUUCGGAGCGACUAUAUAAUCCUAAAACAUGGUACAGUUCCCAGGGAUGUCUAGCAAGAACAGUUGUUUCUGUAUCAUCAAAAAGUAUCAAAGACAGAGGAUUUCAAGAGUUCCUCAAGAAAUUUGUAAAUAAAUUUUGCAUGCCACCAUGGUCAAUAGAAGAGUUGGAAGCCUGCCGAUUAGGUGUCUUCCCGGAGGUACCACAAGAUUUAAUGCUUGAACUUAGUGAUGAAGCAGGUGGUGUGCCAAGAUACGUUCUUGAUAUGUCAGCAUCUAUUAUUCGUCAAGAAAAUCCCAAUGUCAAGGACAAACAAACCAUUCUCAGCAAUCGGGAUGAGAUUAAGAAAAUGUCUUUAGAACGUGUUGAACAAGCUCCUUUUGAAAUUAGCGAUUUUAGAAAGCUUAUACAGUGCUUCUCUGAAAAUUCCCAAUAUGUCAAAUUCAGCAGUCGUCUCAUUCACCGGUGGCCUGACACUUUCUACCGAGAAAAAUCUCUCUCAUGGGCCUCUGGUCGUAUUUUUGACAAAAUCCGAAAAAAACUGGAGGAUA